UCUGUUGACAGGAAGCGGAAGUGAUCCUUAGACUAGCUAGCAGGAGUAAAAGACAGCAGCGAUAACAAGACAUCCUUUUAUGGAUGGUUGGAAAUACAGUCAACAUGCUUGUUUUAUCGUGCAAAGCGUGAACAUUCCCACCAAACAUGAACAACAUUAUGGAGGAACAGGAGAGGGAUACUCUCCUUGCUGCAGUGCCCGAGUCCCAAGUUUUGAAACCGGGUCCUGGCACUGGCAGCAGCUCAAGACCAAGGGCUACAGAUGGGAGCAUCAGACCUUUGGAGAAGAGGGGACCCUAUAUCAUGUCCAAAGCCCCAGCCAUUCACAUGAAACUACAGAAACAUCGUGAGAUGGCCCGCAAAGCAAUGAAGAAAAAAGGCCUUACGUCAGGGGGUCCAGUGAUGCAACAGCCCAGGCAAGGAGGAAAGAGAAGUGUGAUGUUCAACAAAGGUUAUGCCGCUUUGAGUCAGCACGCUGAAGAUACGCUGGUAGCAUUGGAAUCAGACAGUGAUGAUGAGCGAGAUGUCGAGCAGUAUUCCUCAGGAUACUCUUCAGCUGAGGUGCACCCAGACCUAAGCAGGCAGCUGCUGCAGGAUGGAUACCGGCUGGAUGAUCCUGACGACGAGGACCUGGACCUCAUUCCCCCUAAAGCCAUGGGUUCUUCAGCCUGCUGCUGUGCUGAGGCCCCGUCGUGCUUCGUGCAGUGAGGAGGGCACUUAGUGCUGUGACCUGGCUGACCCCGCAGCUCUGUGUUUAAAGACUGGACCUCUGUUACCCUGACCUUAGCCACUGUCUAAGUCAAGCAAGGCCUCCUGUUACCCAAACCCUACCACUGUCUAAGCAUGGAACCCCCCUAACACUUUAAACGCCUAGCCACUGUUUAUGCAGUGCUCUCUACACCCUAACUAACCUUAAGCAUGGACUAAAGUCAUCCCAAGCCUUAGCCACUGUCCAAGCAGGGCUCUCUGUCACCCCAAAGGUUGACCUCUGUGUUAUUUUGGAACUAGAUGAAAUGCUAACCAUGCUGCAGCCCCUCUGAAUAGACAGGUGCAGGGUGAAUCAUCUCUGGACAUGCACUGCACUCAUUAACCUGAGGGAGAAGGUCACUGUCUUGUUGUCCUCUUUGGCAUAUCGCUCCCAGGUCCAUUUAAACAUAAAAAAUGAAUAUGCAAGGUAAUAUGCAUACAGCAAAUGUCUUAGGGCGGUUUGAACGCUAAAGCUUUUUCGCAAGCUUGUCUUGCUUCAAUUCCCUUUUUUCAAAGUAAGCCCUUUUGAAAACAAACCUGAACAUUCCCUAACUAUAGAUGCAUUGAUCGGCAUUUUUAUACAUCUUCCUAAAAUUCCCUGUUUUUGUUGCAAAUCCCUGGUAUUAAUCUUGGGUCUAACCUCAGACCCCUUGUCUGUGGCUUUGACACUACAUGGUUUACUUGUAUGUGAAUGAAUGCUUUAAAUGA